AUGGUAUGGAACGCUCAAGGUGCUGGGAACCGAGAAUUUUUGGCAGUACUUAGAGAAAUUAUCAGGGCUAAUAGGCCUAUUGUACUUGCUUUAGUUGAAACCCACAUGGGAGGUGAUCAUGCACAACAUGUAGCAAAUCUUCUGGGUUACAAUGGCCACACAAGGGUCGAUGCUCAAGGGUUUAGCGGAGGUAUUUGGGUUUAUUGGAAACCGGAGCUUGUAACAAUUGACCCUAUUGCUCAAUCCAAUCAAUAUAUCACUAUGACAGUAAUUAAAGUAGGUGAAGAUCCAUGGUAUUUCUCUACUAUUUAUGCUAGUCCGGAUCCCUCGAAGAGACAAGAAUUGUGGAGAGAUCUCUCAGAAUUUGCAAAAAGAAAUAAUAAACCAUGGCUUUUAGCUGGAGAUUUCAAUGAAACCCGAUUUGAUUGGGAGCGAAGCUCAAGUUGCUCUGAAACAUCUCGUAGAAGUCGUAAUUUCAACCAUUGGGUGCAUGAUAAUCAACUGCUUGAGGUUGAAUUCUCGGGGCCUUCUCACACUUGGGCUCGGGGAAAUUCAAUGGACACAAGAAGAAGUGCAAGGCUUGAUAGAGUACUAUGUACGGGUGAUUGGAGUUUGCGGUUUGACAAAGCUCGGGUGAAGCACCUUCUUGCCAUCCAAUCGGAUCACUGCCCUCUCCUUAUCUCGCCUAAUGGUUUUGCCCCGCUUGAGGCCUUAAACAUCCCCUUUCGCUUCCAAGCUGCGUGGUUAGUUAUCCCAUGA